AUAAAGGUAGCAGUAAACACACCCUUUGGGACCGUAUCCAGAAAUGGCUCGCUGGAUAGCGCUCACAUUGGCAUUCUCCAGCCUCCUGGCUGCUGUCCAUGCAGCAAAGCUUGGAGUCGUCUACACAGAAGGAGGAUUUGUGGAAGGAAAGAAUAAGCAAAUUGGAAUUCUGAAUCCAAAAUACAUUGACAGUUUCAAGGGAAUUCCCUUUGCUGCUCCUCCAGGAAUCCUUCAAAAAGCUGAGAAACAUUCAGGAUGGUCUGGAACUCUGAAAGCCACAGACUACAAGCCACGCUGUCUCCAAGCCAAAUUGAGCCAAACGGAUACCCAUGGAGACCUUGACUGCCUGUACCUUAAUAUCUGGGUCCCUCAAGCUGGCAGAUCAGUGUCCACCAACUUGCCAGUUAUGGUAUGGAUCUAUGGUGGAGCCUAUCUCUUUGGUGCAGCUGAAGGAGCCAAUUUUGGAAGCAACUACCUGUAUGAUGGUGAGGAACUUGCUCUCCGUGGCAAUGUCAUUGUUGUGACCUUCAAUUACCGUCUGGGACCACUGGGAUUCUUGAGUACUGGAGAUGCCAAUGCCCCUGGAAACUAUGGUAUGUGGGAUCAACAUAUGGCCAUUGCAUGGGUGAAGAGGAACAUUGCUGCCUUUGGAGGAAACCCCGAUAACAUCACCAUCUUCGGAGAGUCUGCAGGGGCUGCCAGCGUCUCUCUGCAGACCCUGACUCCUUACAAUGUCGGACUCAUCAAGCGUGCCAUCAGCCAGAGUGGCACAGGUCUGUCCCCAUGGGCUAUUCAGCGGGACCCUCUUGUCUGGGCUCAACAGGUGGCCAGAAAUGUUGGCUGUCCCGUAGAUGACACUGCUGCCCUGGCCAACUGUUUGAGGGUUACAGACCCCAGAGCCCUUACACUGGCCUACAAACUGGAUCUAGGAAACCUUGCCUACCCCGUUGUACACUACUUGGCCUACUCACCGGUCAUCGAUGGAGAUUUCAUCCCCGAUGAUCCAGCUAACCUGUUCUCCAAUGCUGCUGAUGUGGAUUAUUUGGCCGGAUCCAACAACAUGGAUGGACAUAUGUUUGCUGGCAUGGAUCUAUCCGUCAUAAACGAACCACUGCAUAAGAUUUCCCAGGUUGAGGUACAGAAGCUGAUCUCAGAUCUUACACUUCCCAUUGGAUCAAAUGAAGGAGGUGUGGCUUAUAACCUUUACACAGCAAAUUGGGGGCCCGACCCUUCACAGGAACUUAUGAAGAAAACCGUUAUUGAUGCAGAGACUGAUUACAUCUUCCUUGUACCCACUCAGGAGGCUUUAGCCUAUCAUGCCAUGACCUCCAGGACUGGAAAGACCUACAGCUACCUGUUUUCUCAUCCCACACGUAUGCCUAUUUACCCCAGCUGGGUGGGAGCUGAUCAUGCUGAUGAUCUGCAGUAUAUUUUCGGAAAGCCCUUCACCACCCCACUGGGUUACAGACCCCAGGACAGAGAUGUGUCAGAGGCCAUGAUUUCUUACUGGACCAAUUUUGCUGCAACUGGCGACCCCAAUCAAGGUCCAUCCAAGGUCCCUACUGCUUGGCUUCCUUACGACACCCAGUACGGUCAAUAUCUAGAAAUUAACAAGGACAUCACCUACAAGUCCUUGAAACAAGGACUACGGUCACCUUAUGUCCGCUUCUGGGCCCAGGCCUAUCGCCGCCUACGUAGUGUUUAGAAACUUCACUGAUCAAUAAAAUCAGAUAACCAGA